AGUGGCUCCUGAUAGAAGACGCACCAGAUCGCGCAGAUUCAAAAGGAGGAGGUGAAACAAUUUCAGUUUUACAGUUUUAAUUCGUAUCACUUCAAGGUUAUUUAAUCUCAUGAUAAAGGAUCGACUGCUUGGAACGGAUCAAAGAAAGAGUAUUUUUUUUCUGUUUCUCUCUCUCUUCUCAUCACCUGCACAGUGGAUUACGCCCUGCGUGGAUUCUGGGACUCAAGAAAGUUAUCAAACUCUCGGGGAUACACAGGGAAGUAAACUUUAUGAAAAGCUGAAAUUUUUUUUUCUUCUUUUUUUUCGUCAAAACUGUCUCUGGAGUGUUUGGUGCUUUUUUUUAUGGAUUAAAGCAAAGUAAGACCAAACCUAAAGGUGAGACACAUCUGCAGAUUUAUGCCUUGGGGGAUGGCAGCAGCCACCUCCGGUCCGUAUUUGGCCAGCAGCAGGAUUUUAUCCGGUCCCAUCGUGCACUCUGACCGGAGAGGUGCUGGAAUGCAGCCGGGCACCACCGCCGUGACCACGGUGUCCGGCGGAUACAGAGGGGACCCAUCGGUUAAGAUGGUGCAGAGUGCAGACUUCAUGCAUGGAGCCAUGGUGGCGAGCAACGGUGGACACAUGCUGAGCCAUGCCCACCAGUGGGUGACAUCGUUGCCUCACGCAGCGGCCGCAGCAGCGGCGGCGGCGGCGGCGGCGGCCGCUGCAGCAGCAGAGACCGGCUCCCCGUGGCCCCCCAGCUCCCAGCCGCAGGAGGUGAAGCGGAACAGGGAUGACCUGCACUCGGGCUCCGCUCUGCACCACAGGUCCCCGCAUCUGGGAGCUCACCAGACGCACGCGGGAAGCUGGGGAGGAAGCUCCGCGGCGCACAUCAGCAGCAUCAGCGAGGGGCAGCAGCAGCAGCAGCAACAGCAGCAACAGUCUCUGGUUUACUCCCAGCCUUCAGGAUUUACAGUCAACGGGAUGCUGAGCUCACACACCGGGCAGAGCCUCGCUCAUUCGGGGCUGCUGCGCGGGGACUCCCCUGAGCUGGACCACCACCACCAUCACCACCAGAGCCACAACCACCACACGCACCAUCACCAGCACCACGAAAUGGGCCACGAGCCGCAGUCCGACGAGGACACGCCGACGUCGGACGACUUGGAGCAUUUCGCCAAACAGUUCAAGCAACGUCGGAUCAAGCUGGGCUUCACCCAGGCGGACGUAGGUUUAGCCUUGGGGACGCUGUACGGCAACGUGUUCUCCCAGACCACCAUCUGCAGGUUCGAGGCGCUCCAGCUGAGCUUCAAAAACAUGUGCAAACUGAAGCCCCUGCUCAACAAAUGGCUGGAGGAGGCCGACUCCACGACAGGGAGCCCGACCAGCAUCGACAAGAUUGCCACGCAGGGGAGGAAGAGGAAGAAGCGCACGUCCAUCGAGGUGAGCGUAAAAGGCGCGCUGGAGAGCCAUUUCCUCAAGUGUCCCAAGCCGUCCGCGCAGGAAAUCAACUCCCUGGCGGACACGCUGCAGUUGGAGAAGGAGGUGGUCCGGGUCUGGUUCUGCAACCGCAGGCAGAAGGAGAAGCGCAUGACGCCGCCUGGACUGCCGCGCACCCCGGAGGACGCGUAUUCUCAGGUGGGGAGCAUCGGUCCGGACACGCCGUCUCCUUCCAUAGAGUGCAAGAGGAUGUACAGCGACACGUGAAAACAGCCAGGACGAACCGCCAAGGCAAGAAACUGAGAGCAAAGAGGAGGGAAAAUGUUUCCUGACUCACCAGAAUUUCUGAAGAAGUUUUUUAUAUAUCAUAAAUCCAUCCGCAGUUUUAGUGUUUUUCUGUAUGUGUUCAUUCCAGAAGCAAAAAAAAAAAAAAAA